GCAAAAUGGGGGUACGGUAGGAUGCAUUCUUUCGUGUCGAAUCGCGCGAAGAACCUGUGUUAUUCGUAAUAUCUGCGUUAAUAAUAAGAAUCAUUUACGACUACGAUGAGGUUAUUCGAGGCUACUUAAAAGGGGACAAUUAUCUAAUAAUUAUUAGUUCGUUCGUCGUUCGAAAAAGUAAAAAAUUAAAAAUUAAAAAAGAGGAAAAGUAAAAGGGGAAAAAGAGAAGAAGAAGAAGAAGAAGAAGAAGAAGAAGAAGAAGAAGAAGAAGAAAGAAAGAAAAAAAAGGAAAGAAGAAAAAAUUCGAUCGAGUGCGUCGAGUGCCUAACUUCGUGUCGUCGUUGUCGUUGUCGUCGUCGUCGUCGUCGUCGUCGUCGUCGUCGUCGUCGUCGUCGUUGUACGGUGGAUUUGACACUUUGAAAAAAAAAAAGAGAGAGAAAAAGGAAAACGAUAAAAGGAAGAAAAAAAGAAAGAUAGAAGAACUCGCUAUAUCACACUUUAUCCCCCCUCUUUUACAUUUCUUUAUAUUCGUCUUAUUUAACUUAUUCUCGGGGAUAUACGUUUUUCGAUUAAUUAAUUAAACGUUUUUGGAGUUGUGUCGAAGCUCGUUAUGUCUGGAAAUCAUAAGACGGUGAUUAAGUGUCCUUCGGAGUACGUCAAGUUGAAUAUCGGUGGUUCGUUACAUUAUACGACUUUGGGCACAUUGCAAAAACAUGACACGAUGUUACGCGCCAUGUUCAGUGGUCGUAUGGAGGUUCUUACCGACUCCGAAGGAUGGAUAUUAAUUGAUCGGUGCGGAAAACAUUUUGGUACAAUUUUGAAUUUCCUAAGAGACGGCUCUGUACCAUUGCCAGAAAGCGCGAAAGAGAUGGCUGAACUUUUGGCAGAAGCUAAAUACUAUUGUAUCAGUGAAUUAGCUGAAUCGUGCGAGCAGGCACUUCUUAGGAAAGAACGCGAAGCAGAUUCUAUUUGUACCGUCUCAUUAAUUACGUCUCAAAGAGAAGAACAACUUCUUAUAAGUAAUACUGCUAAGCCAGUAGUAAAACUUAUUAUAAAUAGGCACAAUAACAAAUAUUCAUAUACAAGUACAUCAGACGACAAUCUAUUAAAAAAUAUAGAAUUAUUUGAUAAAAUGUCUCUUAGAUUUAAUGGUAGGGUGCUAUUUAUCAAGGAUGUAAUUGGUUCGAGUGAAAUUUGCUGUUGGACAUUUUAUGGUCACGGUCGUAAAGUAGCUGAAGUAUGCUGCCAUUCAAUUGUAUAUACAACCGAUAAAAAACAUACAAAGGUUGAAUUUCCAGAAGCUCGCAUUUAUGAGGAAAUGUUAAAUAUUUUAUUAUACGAGCAUCGUAAUGGACCCGAUCAAGAAUUAAUGCAAGCAACGUCUUCUCGCGGUGCUGUAGGUGGUGCGCCACCUUGUACAUCCGACGAAGAAGAGGGUGAGCGUUCCGGUUUGGCUCGCCUUCGCUCCAACAAACAAAAUACCAACUGACCCAACCUUACCAUCCUUAACCCGCAAUAUCCAGCAAUCUGUACAAUUUUUAAUGUUGUUCGCUCUCUUAAAAGUCGGAGUAAUACAAGAUAGGAUAUAUAUUAGUAAAAGGACAGGAGAUGCAACAUAUGCAUACACUAAAAAAUUCAAUGUUAUAUGCCCUUGCUCCUCUUUCUCUAUCUCUUUUUUUCACAUACAAAAAUACGUAAACUAUAAUGCUAAACUCUCAACAAAAUGACAAUCUGUAAUGUCAUUGAAUUUUACAUUGCAAUAGUAUCUUUUUUUUUUGUUGUUGUUGUAACGGUGUAUCUUAAUUCCUCACGUGUCUAGAAUAGUAUUUAAAUCGAUGUCAAAGCAGAAUGACAAACUCAUAUUUAGAUAUAUUCUACCUGUUUAUCACUAAAGUAAAAAUGGAUUACAUUUUUUCAGACUUCUAUUAUAAGAAAUAAUGAUACAUAUAAAUAUAUAUAUAAUAUAUAUAUAUAUAUAUAUAUAUAUAUAUAUUAUAUAUAUAUAUAUAAACAUAUAUAUAAAAAAUAUAUAUACAUACAGGAGAUUAGAUAUCUAAGUACUUUUUAUGUGCCAAACAUUAUAUUACAAGUCUAAAUUGUCAUUCUGCAAUGAAUGGAAUUACUAAAUUAUAAUGCAUUUUAUAUCAUAUUAGAAUUGCACUGUUACCUCUGUUAUGAGUAUUAGAUAUACUGUUAUUAUUAUUACUUUUAUUUCUAUUAUUAUUAUUACUAUUAUUAUUAUUACUAUUAUUAUUAUUAUUAUUAUUAUUAUUAUUAUUAUUAUUAUUACUACUACAAUCAUCAUCGUCAUUUAUUGCUAUUACCACCAUCCCUGCAACUACUUUUCAAUUAGUAUUACUACUUUAUUAAUAUUAUUAUCAUCAUUAUCAUCAUCAUCAUCAUCAUCAUUAUCGUUGCUUUCAAUGACUUUGUCAUCUUCAUUAUCAUUAUGAUUUAUUUUUUGGUAUUAUGAUUAUUAUUAUUUUAUUAUCAUCACUGUCAUCAUCGUUGAAUUUACUGAUAACUUACAUAUGCAAAUGGAUUGUUAAUUUCUCUUGCAUAAGGGAAUUUAUCAAAUGAAAUCCAUAUAUUUUCUAAUAUUUGUGAUAGAAACAAUUUAAUUAUGUCGCAAUUGUUGAAAAUAAUGAAUUUUAUCUCUUUACUAAUAUGUAUUAUAUUCUUCAACAUUGACGAGGUGCUUUUUUAAGUUUAUCCAUGCUAUGCUAUAAUUAUUUCAAUACGAUUUAAAAUAAUUGAAUGUUAAUUUCGCGUAUUUAUCGACUUAUUUUCCGCACGAGCAAUUUGUAGAUUAUAUAAUUUAACACAUUUAUGUUUUAUAACUUAAUAAUUGUAUGUUCCUUUUUUUUUUAUUUAACGAUGGAAUAUCCGGCCUAUUAGCUUUAAUAAUUUUUUAACAACUUGUUUCAAUUGAAUAAUUUAUUUUUUUUUUUUUUUAAAUUGAAAAUUUUUUAAAUAGAAUUCAAUAGAUUUAGAUUUGGUAGUAUUUAUGGAUGUAUUUGAUUAACAGCAGCAUCAUGCCUCUCUUAAACUAUGUUUACAUAUAUUUUAUUAUUUCUGAUCUUAUAACAUACAUUUUUAAUACUUUUGAUCUAUUAAUUAUAUAUAUAUAAUUUAAUGAAUGAAAAAUUUUGCUAGACUUCAUUAGGAUGGGAAGCAUGAAGUUUUCUUUUUUUAUAUAUAUAUAUUUUCUUUUUAUUUUGAGUGCCUAUAUGUUUGAAGAAAGUAUCAGGAUCGUUGAUUAUAAAAAAAAAGACUGCAAACAAUAAUUUUUAGACUGCUUGAAUAAAGCAAAGUUGUAAAUCUUAUUUGAAUUCAACAAUAAUUAACUAUUAAGUGCUUUCCUUCUUUUUAUUAGGUCGUUGCAUAAUUUCUUUGUCCUUGUUAUUAAUUAAAUAUACGUACUUUUUCUUUCAAAAUUGUAGAUUUCUAAAUUUUAUCAACUAAAAAAAAAAAAAAAAAAAAAAAAAAAAAAAAAAAAAAAAAAAAAAAGAUGAAAUUAUGCAGCUAUCUAAUAGAAAAAUUUUAUGCAAGCUUUAUACAAGACUGUAGUAAUGACAAAGCAAAAAAUAUCGACUGUAUUAAAUCGUUUUAUAGAAUUAUCUUAUUUUGUGGUAUAAAAAAUUGAUGCAAUGUCAUUAAAAGUAUUUGAAAAAUAUUAAUAUAUAUAUUAUCAUUAUUACUAGUUAAUUUUAUUAUUAUAUAAAUAUAACAACAUAAUAACUAUUCUUCAAAGAAUAUAAUUAAAUAGAAAAUAUAUAAGAUUAAAAAAAAAAAAAAAAAAAAAAGAAAGAAAAAAAAUGGUAAAAAACUGAUUUUAAGUUCCUAUAAUCUUGCAUUGUGCAGAGUUAUAAAUAUUAGAUAUUUAGAUAAAUGUAUAAAAAAAAUAUUUGAUCCUUCUUAUUACUACAGUUGAUAGUAUAUUGCUGUUAGUUUGAAUGAUGUAUAGUAUGGACAUAUUAUAAUUUAACCCUUUUCUACUCUGAUGUAAUUUAUGAGACUGCAACAUCUAAUUAUGACACACACACACACACACACACACACACACACACACACACACACACACACACACACACACACACACACACACACACACACACACAAAA